AUGAAGUCAUAUAUUUCCUUGUUUUUCAUAUUGUGUGUUAUAUUUAACAAAAAUGUUAUAAAAUGUACAGGAGAAAGUUCACCACAAAGUUCCGUAGAAAGUAAUCCUGGAAAUACAGGAGAAAGUUCACCACAAAGUUCCGAACAAAGUAAUACUGGAAGUACAGGAGGAAGUACAUCAUCAAGUACCGUACAAAGUAAUUCUGGAAAUACAGGAGGAAGUUCACCACCAAGUCCCGUACAAAGUGAUUCUGGAAGUACAGGACAAACUGCAAGCACUCCAUUAGUAACACAAUCUUCAACUUCUUCAGCAAAUCAAAGUACAAUUCAAGUAAAGUCAGCUUUAUUAAAAGAUUAUAUGGGUUUAAAAGUUACUGGUCCAUGUAACGAAAAUUUCAUAAUGUUCUUAGUUCCUCAUAUAUAUAUUGAUGUUGAUACAGAAGAUACUUAUAUCGAAUUAAGAACAACAUUGAAAGAAACAAGUAAUGCAUUAUCAUUUGAAGCAAACAGUGGUUCAUUAGAAAAAAAAAAAUAUGUAAAACUACAAUCAAAUGGUACAACUAGCGAACAAAAUUCAAGAACAGGAACGGUUCAAGGAAAUGAAGAAUCAAGUUCAGAUUCAAGUCCUAGUUCUAGUUUAAGUUCAGAACCAAGUUCAGAUUCAAGCUCCAGUUCAAGUUCUAGUUCAAGCUCCAGUUCAAGUUCUAGUUCUAGUUCUAGUUCAAGCUCCAGUUCAGGUUCUGUAAAUACCCCUGCUAAUGGAGCUAGUUCCAAUCCUGAUGCAAAGAAAAGAAAUUUAAAUAAUAUAUGUGCACCUGGAAAAACGUUCAAAUUUGUAGUAUAUAUUAAGGAGAAUACAUUAAUACUUAAAUGGAAAGUAUAUGAAGGACCAAACGAUACUAGUGAAAAUAACAAAGUUGAUGUAAGAAAGUAUUUGAUAAAUGAAAAGGAAACCCCAUUUACUAGUAUACUAGUACAUGCGUAUAAAGAACAUAAUGGGACCAACUUAAUAGAAAGUAAAAACUACGCAUUAGGAUCAGACAUUCCAGAAAAAUGUGAUGCUUUAGCUUCUAACUGCUUUUUAAGUGGUAAUUUUAACAUUGAAAAAUGCUUUCAAUGUGCUCUUUUAGUAAAACCAAAAAAUGAAAAUGACGUAUGUUACAAAUACUUAUCCGAAGAUAUUAUAAAUAAAUUCACAGAAAUAAAAGCUGAGACAGAAGAAGAUGAUGAAGAUGAUUAUACCGAAUAUAAAUUAACAGAAUCUAUCGAUAAUAUAUUAAUAAAAAUGUUUAAAACCAAUGAAAAUAAUGAUAAAUCAGAAUUAAUAAAAUUAGAAGAAGUAGAUGAUAGUUUGAAAUUAGAAUUAAUGAAUUACUGCAGUUUACUUAAAGACGUAGAUACAACUGGUACCUUAGAUAAUUAUGAGAUGGGAAAUGAAAUGGAUAUAUUUAAUAACUUAAAGAGAUUAUUAAUUUAUCAUUCAGAAGAAAAUAUUAAUACUUUAAAAAAUAAAUUCCGUAAUGCAGCUGUAUGUCUUAAAAAUGUUGAUGACUGGAUUGUAAAUAAGAGAGGUUUAGUAUUACCUGAAAUAAAUUAUGAUUUAGAAUAUUUCAAUGAAUAUUUAUAUAAUGAUAAAAAUUCUCCAGAAGAUAACGAUAAUAAAGGAAAAGGUGUCGUACAUGUUGAUACAACUUUAGAAAAAGAAGAUGCUUCAUCAUAUGAUAAUUCAGAUAAUAUGUUUUGUAAUAAAGAAUAUUGUAACAGAUUAAAAGAUGAAAAUAAUUGUAUAUCUAAUCUUCAAGUUGAAGAUCAAGGUAAUUGUGAUACUUCAUGGAUUUUUGCUUCAAAAUAUCAUUUAGAAACUAUUAGAUGUAUGAAAGGAUAUGAACCUACCAAAAUUUCUGCUCUUUAUGUAGCUAAUUGUUAUAAAGGUGAACAUAAAGAUAGAUGUGAUGAAGGUUCUAGUCCAAUGGAAUUCUUACAAAUUAUUGAAGAUUAUGGAUUCUUACCAACAGAAUCAAAUUAUCCAUAUAAUUAUGUCAAAGUUGGAGAACAAUGUCCAAAGGUACAAGAUCAUUGGAUGAAUCUAUGGGAUAAUGGAAAAAUCCUAUAUAACAAAAAUGAACCUAAUAGUUUAGAUGGUAAGGGAUAUACUGCAUAUGAAAGUGAAAGAUUUCAUGAUAAUAUGGAUGCAUUUGUUAAAAUUAUUAAAACUGAAGUAAUGAAUAAAGGUUCAGUUAUUGCAUAUAUUAAAGCUGAAAAUGUUAUGGGAUAUGAAUUUAGUGGAAAGAAAGUACAGAACUUAUGUGGUGAUGAUACAGCUGAUCAUGCAGUUAAUAUUGUUGGUUAUGGUAAUUAUGUGAAUAGCGAAGGAGAAAAAAAAUCUUAUUGGAUUGUGAGAAACAGUUGGGGUCCAUAUUGGGGAGAUGAAGGUUAUUUCAAAGUAGAUAUGUAUGGACCAAGUCAUUGUCAUUUUAACUUUAUUCACAGUGUUGUUAUAUUCAGUGUUGAUUUACCUAUGAAUAAUAAAACAACUAAAAAAGAAUCAAAAAUAUAUGAUUAUUAUUUAAAGGCUUCUCCUGAAUUUUAUCAUAACCUUUACUUUAAGAAUUUUAAUGUUGGUAAGAAUAAUUUAUUCUCUGAAAAGCAAGAUAAUGAAAACAACAAAAAAUUAGGUAACAACUAUAUUAUAUUCGGUCAAGAUACGACAGCACCAGGACAAACUGAACAAGGAAGCAAUACUCAAUUAGCAUCUGGAGAAGCUCCAAAGGAAGUCUCAGAACGUGUUCAUGUUUAUCACAUAUUAAAACAUAUAAAGGAUGGCAAAAUAAGAAUGGGUAUACGUAAAUAUAUGGAUACACAAGAUGUAAAAAAGAAACAUUCUUGUACAAGAUCCUAUGCAUUUAAUCCAGAUAAUUAUGAAAAAUGUGUAAAUUUAUGUAAUGAGAACUGGCAAAAAUGCGAAGAAAAAACUUCACCAGGACUCUGUUUAUCCAAAUUGGAUACAAAUAACGAAUGUUAUUUCUGUUAUGUAUAA